UCUUGUGGGUAAACUUGUGCUUUGGGUACUUUGGCCAGGAGAGUGGGGGGCUUAACAGAGAUGUAAACUUACAGAAAUUCCGUCUGUUGUUGCCUGUGAGUGCUGCCUCCACCCCCCACUUGGAAACAUGCAGAGGCCAUUGCUCUCCUUUCAGUUGAUUUCAAAACCUCUGUUUCAGUUCACUUAGAAGAGGCGCCCCUCGCCCUCAACAACAGAGGGUUAUUCUCCAGACCCCAUUCUUUAAUAGCAGGGCUACAGGCUCCUCCAGCUGCCAUUCUCUCACCCUUCGCUAAGGCUGCCAGGAAUGAAGAGGGGAGGGGAGAAGACGUGGGUGGUGGCAGGAGGCAGGGCCUGGGGGAGAGAGAGCUGGGACCCUGCUGGCUGCAGCCUGAGGACUCUUCCCUGACUCUUCCCCCGUGUUGUUGGUGCUUCUGUUAGGCGCUGCCAGGAUGUGUGGCCGGUUCCUGAGGCAGCUGGUGGCUGAGGAGAGCCGGCACUCCACCUCCGUGGGACGCCUCCUGCUCCCUGUGCUCCUGGGGUUCCGCCUCGUGCUGCUGGCUGCCAGCGGGGCCGGGGUCUACAGCGACGAGCAGAGUGAAUUCGUGUGUCACACCCAGCAGCCAGGCUGCAAGGCCGCCUGCUACGAUGCCUUCCACCCCUUCUCCCCACUGCGCUUCUGGGUCUUCCAGGUCAUCUUGGUGGCUGUGCCCAGCGCCCUCUACAUGGGUCUCACUUUGUAUCACGUCAUCUGGCUUUGGGAAGAGUCAGGAAAGGGGAAGGAGGAGGAGACUCUGAUCCGCCGAGGGGAGAAGAGCAGAGAUGCCUCCGGUCCUGGAAGCCCCAGGCUGCUCUGGGCCUAUGUGGCACAGCUGGGCGUGCGGCUGGUCCUUGAGGGGACAGCCUUGGGGGUACAGUACCAUGUGUAUGGGUUCAACGUGCCCAGCUCCUUUGCAUGUCGCCGAGAGCCUUGCCUUGGUAGUAUAACCUGUUACCUGUCCCGCCCGUUUGAGAAGACCAUCUUCCUAAAGACCAUGUUUGGGGUCAGUGGGCUCUGUCUCUUGUUCACGCUUUUGGAACUUGUGCUCCUGGGCCUGGGGCGAUGGUGGAGGGCCCGGAAGCACAGACCGCCCCCUUCUAACUACUCCCCAACUUCAGAGAGCACCAGAAGACACAAGGAACCGACUGAAAACUUCCCAGUGGUGGAGACCAAAGAGCCAUUCCGAGAAGCAGGUGAGAAGAGCACUGAUGUCCCUCUUUCUUCCUGCUCCUGAGGUCUCUGUCCUGAUGACCUCCCAAGGCAGGUCCCUGGACCUCUGGGAGGCACACUUCCUACGUGUUACAAAAUAGAAAACCGGGUUCGAGGCAGACGUCUUCUGACCGCUGCUGCUGACCCAUCUCCCAACCCUCAUCCCCCUCCGUUUGCCGAUUCCUUCCAAUGAAC